AUGAAAGUUACCUUAUCAGCUUUGGAUACUUAUGAGGCUUCUUUCACGCCUUUAGUAGUCAUAGAACUUGCCCAGGAUGUCAAAGAAGAAACCAAAGAAUGGCUGAAAAACAGAAUUAUUGCUAAAAAGAAAGAUGGAGGUGCCCAGCUGUUGUUUAGACCCUUGUUAAAUAAAUAUGAGAAAGAAACAUUAGAAAAUCAGAACUUAUAUCUUGUUGGUGCUUCCAAUAUUAGACUGCUACUAGGGGCGGAAGCACUGGGCUUGGUAAAAGAGUGCAAUGAUAACACCAUGAGAGCCUUCACCUACGGAACUCGACAGAACUUCAAAGGUUUUGAUGAUAAUAAUGAUGAUUUCCUCACAAUGGCAGAAUGUCAAUUCAUUAUCAAGCAUGAACUUGAAAAUCUAAGAGCCAGAGAUGAAAAAAUGAUCCCUGGUUAUCCCUUGGCAAAGUUGUAUCCAGGAAAAUCAUUAUUGAGAAGAUUGAUCACAUCUGGUAUUGUGAUUCAGGUGUUUCCACUGCAUGAUAAUGAGGCCCUGAAGAAGCUUGAGGAUACCUGGUAUUCUCGACUGACCCUGAAGUAUCAGCCCUUAGAUAACAUUCGUGGCUACUUUGGGGAGACGAUCGGUCUUUACUUUGGAUUUUUGGAAUAUUUCACUUUUGCCUUAAUCCCCAUGGCCGUCAUUGGGUUGCCUUACUACAUGUUUGUGUGGGAAGACUAUGACAAGUAUGUGAUCUUCGCGUCAUUUAACUUGAUCUGGUCCACAGUGAUCCUGGAGGUGUGGAAGCGUGGCUGUGCCAACAUGACGUACAGGUGGGGCACACUGGUCAUGAAGAGGCAGUUUGAGGAGCCCCGGCCAGGAUUUCAUGGGGUUCUUGGUAUCAAUCCUGUCACCGGCAGGGAGGAGCCGCUCUACCCCAGCUACAAGAGACAGAUGCGCAUUUACCUGGUCUCUCUGCCCUUUGUGUGCCUCUGUCUCUAUUUCUCUCUGUAUGUCAUGAUGAUUUACUUUGACUUGGAGGUCUGGGCCUUGGGGCUACAUGAGAACAGCGAGUCUGAGUGGACCAGUGUCUUGUUGUACGUGCCCAGCAUCAUCUAUGCCAUUGUGAUCGAAAUCAUGAACCGCCUCUAUCGAUAUGCUGCUGAGUUUUUAACUUCAUGGGAGAAUCACAGAUUGGAAUCUGCCUACCAGAAUCAUUUAAUUCUGAAAGUUUUAGUGAGCUUGGCCACUCUCCUGAUUACCUCACAGAUCCUUAACCAAAUUGUAGAAUCUCUUCUUCCUUACUGGCUUCAGAAGAGGCAUGGUGUACAGGUGAAGAGGAAGCUGCAGGCUUUAAAGGCAGAUAUCGAUGCUACAUUAUAUGAGCAAGUCAUUCUGGAAAAAGAAAUGGUAACCUAUUUGGGCACCUUUGAUGAUUAUUUGGAACUAUUCCUGCAAUUUGGUUAUGUGAGCCUUUUCUCCUGUGUUUAUCCAUUAGCAGCUGCCUUUGCUGUGUUAAAUAACUUCACUGAAGUCAACUCAGAUGCCUUAAAAAUGUGCAGGGUCUUCAAACGUCCAUUCUCAGAACCUUCUGCCAAUAUUGGUGUAUGGCAGUUGGCUUUUGAAACAAUGAGUGUUAUAUCUGUGGUCACUAACUGUGCUCUGAUUGGAAUGUCACCACAAGUGAAUGCACUCUUUCCAGAGGCAAAAAUGGACCUAAUUUUGAUUGUAGUAGCAAUAGAGCAUGCACUCCUGGCUUUAAAGUUUAUACUUGCAUUUGCCAUUCCUGAUAAGCCACGGCAUAUCCAGAUGAAACUGGCCAGAUUGGAAUUUGAGUCCUUGGAAGCACUCAAGCAGCAGUCUUGA